GUCAACACAUGAUAUAGGCACACAUCUAUUAUAACACUGUAUAUAUAUUUAUUUAUUUUAAAUGAUGAGAGAAUAUUCCAUUGAUUACAUAACAUCAAAAGCAACAAGAGAAUGUAUAUUAUUUCCUACAUAUGCAAAAAGAAAUCCAAAAAAUAAAGACGAAUGGAUAGUAAAGGCAAAAGGUUGGGCUCUAUCACAUAACUGCUCCUACGCUAAACAAAAAGUGAUGAUGGGUAUUACAAAGAGUGUAGCCGGGAAAAUUACUGCCGAUCAAUUAUCUUUACAAGCUUUUGAACAAAGAUUCAAGUACUUCUUGGCAACAAAUCAACGACAUAAAAAGUUUAUCAUUCAAGCCAUUGGAAUCAUAUCAAACUUACAUGAUGAAGAACGAUUGAUAUUUGAUCAAAACUAUUUAAUACCUUCCCUUAUUCAUCCAACCAGCAAACAAGAUGAUGGUAUUAUGUCACGGCCGAGUAAUCCGAUAUCAUCUAUUCUAGAUCAAUUAGAAGAAAGGAAAAACAUGGAUCUUUUUAAUGAUCAUCAAAGCAUUCAGCUAAAGACAACUAGUUCCGGCUUUUUCUUGGGCGAGUUUUCUUUAUCCCAUGCUCACAUUCUAAAUUGGGCUCAAGCUUAUAAUCAAUGUGACGCAAGGUUAAUUCGUAUCCAAUCCAUGUCAAUAGAUAAUAAAAAGAAGUGCACUACAACACACGGAAUAGCCAACUUGGUUGAGCCAUUAGGCAUUUCCAUCAUUUCUGAUAUCGAUGACACCAUAAAGGAUACCAAGAUAUUGGCGGGCGCACGUACAGUUCUAUCAAAGACAUUCUUUGAACCUCCUCAAGGUGUGCAAGGCAUGGCUGAUGCCUACAUGUCCUGGUAUACUCAAGGCGCCUCUUUUCAUUAUGUAUCCAAUAGCCCCUUUCAGCUAAUUCCUAUGCUUUAUCAAUUCAUUCGUGAUUCUCAUUUUCCUCCUGGCUCAAUGCACCUUCGUGAUGAAGCUAGUCUUUUAUCGCGACUGGUUGAAAUUCCUGGUCAGGCUAAACGCGAGGCCAUUCUGGAGAUCAUCCAUGACUUUCCUCAACGACGGUUUGUGCUUGUUGGUGAUUCGGGUGAAAUUGAUCUUGAAAUAUAUACAAGGAUUGCUGUAGAAUUUCCAGAUCGUAUAUUAAAGAUAUUUAUUCGUGAUGUGACAACACCUUUGGCACAAGAGAAAAAGAAGAAGCAGCAAAGACCAAGUCAGCUUUCGUCCAUCUUUUAUUCAAAACGAUCAUCACAAUCUUUCUUUUCUUCUUCAAAUAGAGCAAUGACAGAUGAUGUCUUGUUUGUAAGACACCAUCGUUCGACACCUGCCACUAUAAACACCAGGAGUAGCAACAGUCCAGUAAAGGUUAGGCCGUUUGGUAUGAGGAGAGCAAUGACUGAUGCAUUUGCUCAUUAUACGAUGGAACCCCAUUUGACUGGUCAUAAAAGUCAAAAUGUUCAAGAUGAUGUAUCAACAACAGAGGCAUGCACACGUCUGCAUGAACGCAUCGAAAAGGCACGACAGCAAAUACCAAAUAUAGAUAUUAUUUUAUUUCAAGAUGCUAAUGUACUACGAAACGAUGAAGAUAUACAGAAUGCUUUAUGGGGCAUAUGGGAUAAUGCUAGACAUAAUCCUUCAAAUCAAUAAACUUGUUACUUUUUUUUGGCUUUAAGCUUCCUUUGUGGCCAAGGCAGUCCAAAGAUUUGAUAAUGUCUAUAGCAUCGAACACAUUUCGUGCUGUCUACAGAUCGACUAUAUGUGUUUGCAUCUGGACAGCAGUUAGUGGGUGGGUAUACUUGAGGGAUGAAAUUACAGGGUGAAUUGAGGUUUAUGCUAUUGUCUACACUUUUGUUUUCUUCUGGAUAUAUACAGAGUGAUGUAUCAUCUUGGUUGCAGAUAUGACAGAUUGACAUGAUCUUUUUGAUAGAUGCAUACAUUACUGUCUCCUGACUUGAAGUUGAUUCAGCACUAUCGGAUUCUCCUUGUGAUAGAUCAGGCGUUGCUAUUCUUUUUUGUUUCUUGACAUUCUUUGGAACACAACAAU